GAACUAGUUGUUCUGUAAGAAGGGCUUUCAUUCUGGAUUUUGGCAAAUGGGCAUGAGAAUAAUCUAAUUAGUUAUGCUUUUAAAAAUCAGAAAAGCAAGGUUUUAGUUUGUAGAAUUUUUAACAUUUCUAGGUCUUGUGUACUACCAAUUAUUCAUGUUUCUGCUCUCUGCCAAUUGUUCGAUGAUGAUUCAGAUAAGCUUCAUAUGCUAGCUGUCUGGAAUUAUUGAUUUUCUUGUCUGUAAUUAGUUGUUUGUUUUUAAUAUUUUUCUUAGUAGUUAUCAUUAAUUCUUAUCAUCCUUCUGGUAUAAAUAAGGCACCCAAUGAUGUUUAAGGUGUGAAUAAAAGAAUAAACUUUUUAUCUUUGUUUUCUUGUUCUAGCAGUAGCAGAUUAUUGCACUUUCCCCUUAGGGACCUAUGACUGGUAUAUAAACUUGGUGUAAAAUGAUCGUGCCCUAUAACUUAAUUGGACCUUAGGUUACCCGCUCUCCUGGGAGAUUGGGGAUGGGGAGCUGAAUCGAUUGCUGGAGAAAACAAACACUCAAGUCUUAAGGUUGUCAGAACUUUCUACAUGUGAUUAGCGAGUGGAAACUAAUAGAGAAGAUAUUACCAGGAGGAAGUAACGAAUAAAACAAUGUUUCUCAAAGUCAAGCUGUCCUGGAAUGUCAUAAUUGCUGCAGAAAACCUGCAACCAGAUGGUCUGAUGCUUCAACGGGCAAUAAUCAUCCGUCUUCUUAAUGACUUUUCUGUGAAGAAGGCAACCAAAGAUCUGGGAUACUUUCUUGCAGUGACCACACUGGAGAGAAUAGGAGAAGGAAAAGUCAGACAACAUACUGGGGAUGUGCUCUUCCCUGUUACUUUUAAUGCCAUCACCUUCAAGCUUUACAAGGGUGAGAUAUUAGAGGGUGUUGUCCACAAGGUUCUGAAGCAUGGGGUUUUCAUGAGAUGUGGCCCAAUUGAGAAUGCCUAUCUCUCAAAUUUGAAGAUGCCUGAUUAUCGUUAUAUUCCUGGUGAAAACCCAUGCUUCAUGAAUGAUAAAAUGUCCAGAAUUGGGAAGGAUGUCGUUGUUCGCUUUGUAGUGAUCGGUACCAAGUGGAUGGAGGCUGAUAGGGAGUUUCAGGCAUUGGUUGGUUUGGAAGCUCAUUAUCUAGGACCAGUUUCGCCUAGUGAUAUUUAGCUACGUGUUUUUGUUGGUUUUAUUACUUUGCUAUGUUCUUGGUGAGAGGAAACUCAUUUUGCUGUGGGGUUUGGUCUUUUUCUCUUUACUGGUGGUACAAAUGAUGGAACCUAUUAGCCAAAUAUAUGCAGUGGGAUUUAGUCUCUGAAUAGCUGAUUUGUGCUCUGUAUAUUCCUACUGUUCCUUCUCGUUGUUGGUCUUUUUUAAUCAAUGGGACACUUUCUACUUUAAUUUCUUGGUUACCUUAUCCAAUGGCAUCAUCUUUGGUACAUAUGUUAUCUUGAUAAAGCCUCCAAUUCAUUUAGUCUUGAUCUGCUGGGGGACAUAAACAGCCUUAUUACCGUGUCUUCUGCAGUAGAUAAAAAUCUUGUUACAUGGAAGGAAAUUCGAGUGGCAAACUUGGCAUUGUUUAUUUGCAUUAGCAUAUUUAUCAAAGGGAUAUUGUUUCUCAUAUUAUAUGAGACAAAUUAAUGUCUCAUGAUUUUUUAUUUUAUUUUUGAUGUUACAUUUGUCUCUUGCAGUAUGAAACAAUAUCCCUGAUCAAUA